CUUGUUUGGUCCUCUUAUCCAAACAAAACCAUUUGGCAAUGAGGGACUGAGACCAUCGUACAUUCACUUCCCCUAACAAUGUCUCUCCUCCUCCUCUUCACUCCUCUCCCUUCUCUCUUCUCUUCUUCCUUUUCUUCGUCUUCUAACUUCCCCGUAAUUGCUUCACCGAUUUCCAGGUUGCGCAUAAAACCCAACGAAGAGCAAUCAAAAUCUCGGAAUGGAGUGUGCAGCCUUGGCGUCCCCUUCUUAGCCGACAAAAGAGGUGCACUGACCGUGAAAGCCUCCUCCGACGUCGAUGGAGCGGCUCCGACGGAUGGCAGCCAGUCUCCGGAGGUGGAGGCGGUUCCGGUUGAGAAUUUGCCGUUGGAGUCAAAGAUGCAGCAAAGGAUGGAACAGAAGAUGAAAAUGAAACUGGCGAAGAAGGUCAGACUCCGUAGAAAGCGGCUCCUUCGCAAGCGUAAAAUGAGGAAGAAGGGGCGAUGGCCGCCUUCGAAGAUGAAGAAGUUGAAGAACGUCUGACCCUCGUCGCAACGUGGCUUCUGGUUUGUAUUUGUUCACAUUUUUAUGCCCAUCGUUUUUCUCCUAAUUCUUGAUCCUGACGACCUUUACUGUUUAAAUUUCAUAAAGCUAUUUACCAUUUGCCA